AUGGAGUCGGCAAUGGAAGAUGCUUCAGGGUUCACCAGGCGCUUGUCGUCCGCUUCUUCGAUUCCAGGGCCUAUCAUUCAUACGUCUGGAUUGCCGGAUAUACCUGAAUUCCCAUUGUUGGACUCUGCGCUUGAAGCUGAUACCAGUCAGCUCGAAGAGAGGAUUCUCCCAUCGCCUGUGCUGUCCCCAAUUCCAGAGGAAAGUUUUGAGAACAGUUAUGACAAGGGCCUAAACCCAUCGGUACCUGGGCUAAGUAGGCCGUUCGCCGAAAUUGAACCCUCCACUUCAACGCGGGAUCCGUCAACGCCGCAUUCUUUGCCACCAGCUCCACUGGACUCAGCAAUUGUAUCCGUCCCCGAAGUGGGUCAUGACAGCUCUGACCUUAUCCCACCAAUGCCAUCUCUACCUGCGGACUUUUUAUCGCCAGAUACCCAUGAUGAUGGUGAUACAUCAUCUGUAGGAUCAACAGCCGGUGAUUCAGACUCAGUCUUCGGUGAUGGACAGCCAGACAACAUCUCUAGCUAUACGGCCUCUUUGCUAUCGGAUGUGAGAAACUACGCUUACGAAAAUGGAAGACGUUAUCACUCAUACCGCCAAGGCCACUACGUCCUCCCCAAUGACGAACCAGAACAGGAUCGACAAGAUCUCCUCCACCACGUCAGGAACCUCGUGCUAAAUGGCCGACUCUUCCGAGCUCCACUGGACAACCAUAUCCCGCGCGUUCUCGACAUCGGCACUGGCACCGGAAUCUGGGCCAUCGAUUUCGCAGAAAGCUUCCCUAGUACCGAGGUAACAGGCACCGAUUUAAGUCCUAUCCAGCCAUCAUGGGUCCCACCCAAUCUUCACUUCGUGGUGGACGAUGCCGAAUCACCAUGGCUGUACAGUCCAAGCCAGCCCUUUGAUUUCAUCCAUGCCCGGGAUCUGGGCGGUGCGAUCGCCGACUGGCCGCGGCUGAUGCGCCAGAGCUACGAGCACCUGCGUCCCGGUGGGUGGAUUGAGUUACAGGAGUUCGAAGUCAUGCUCAAAUCGGACGAUGAUUCGAUGUGUCUUGCGCCGGCUUUGUGUGAGUUUCUUGAACGACUGACUCAGGCCAGUGAGGCGUUUCACCGACCUAUGAAUAUUGCCGAAGGCCACUGGCAGCGGCUGGUUGAGGCGGGUUUUGAAGAUGUUCGAGAUGAGGUGUACAAGGUUCCAUCGAGUGUUUGGGCUAGGGAUCCCGUGCAAAAGGAAAUUGGUCGGUACAACCAAUGCUCCCUUCUCAUGGCAGUUGAAUCCUACUCGCUAGCUCUUUUCACUCGUGUGUUGGGGUGGUCGAAUAACGAUACUCAGGUUUUCUUGGCGGGGGUCCGCAGAGAUAUCAAAAAUCCAGCCGUGCAUACGUACUGCAAGCUGCAUGUCGUUUACGGUCGGAAGCCGUCUCAUUCCUAG